UACAAGAUACAACUCUUUUUUGUUUUUGUUUUUUUUUAUUUAUUUUAUUUAUUUACACAUUAACCCUCAUUAAACCAAACUCUCCGUGAAUCGCUCCUCCUCCUCCUCCGCCCUUUUUCCCCAUUCCGGUCCCUUCGCAUCGUCGUACGGCGCCGCCUCUCCGCCGCCGCCGCCGCCGCCGCUAGGGUUACGACGGGCGCCGCCGAUCGCCGCCGGCGCCCCCCUCCUCAUCGCUCCUCAUCGCGCGGUGGCGAUAUUGAGGUUUUUGGUGUAACACUAGCCAGGCAAUCGAUGGAUUUAGAGACAGAGAAUCGUCUUGCUGCCUUAUUGAUGGAAGAGGCAAGGAGAUUGCGCCUACAAGCUGAACAAGAAGGUGUUCAUGUUUAUCUACGCCAGCCUAAUGUUAGGGCACGCCCAAAUUCACGCUUUCUCACCGCCACGGUACUCGGAGUGCAGCAAGCAAAUCGAGCUGUUGAGGUUGGCGAAAUGUGGCGUGCCAGAGAGAAGGAGCUGGAAUUGGAAGGGAAGCUUAAAGACAGUCAUAAAGAUAGAAGCAUAUCCAGGGGCGAGAAGCGCCGUAGUGAUUCAUUGCACCGAAGUUCGAGUUCGAGGGUUGGACAAAAAAGAAGAAAUUCUGCCUCCUCUUGCUCAUCAAGCAAAUUGGAUCCUGGGAAUGGCUACUCAGAUGAGGAUGCUGGUUUAAGGGAUGAAGAUAUUGAAGCUUUUCUUCAGUCAAGGGCUAAGCGAGGAAGAGGGGCGAUAGGUUCAAGAAUGGACGAAACUGGUCCAUACGUUGCCUCAUUAUCAAACCAUAACAAUGAUCUCUCACCGCCUCCUGAAGUGCGGGUGAAAGAAGAGUGGGAGCGUCGGGUCUUAGGUCCAGAAAAGCCAGCUUUCGUAAAAUCCGAGUCUACCGAAGAGCCGUCCGAUAUGUCAGAUAUGGCGGAUGAUGCGUCUCAUCCAAAGAGGCACAAAUCCAAAGAUGAGAGGAAGAAGGCGAAAAGUUCCGAAAAAACGAAGAGGAAAGAGAAGAAAUCCAAGCAUCGUCAUCACCAUCGCCAUCAUCGACGUCACCAUCACAGAAGUCGAAGCAGAGAGUGACUAGAAAGUGCAUCAAUAUACAUCACCUACCUCGAACUGUUGUUUACACACACACUGUUUAUACCAUCUUGUAUAAUACCUUAUCGAAUGUUAUAUCAGAUUAAGCUAUUCCGGCCUCUCAUUUCUUUAUUCGCUUGCUUGAUUAGUUACAAACAUCCCUUUCUUUCUGAUACCUUGAUGAAAUUUAGGUAAUCUGACUUGCUUGACCUUUUGCUGAA